AUGAACUGCCUUGUCUUCCAGGAUGUUCAGUACACAGAUAUUGACUAUAUGGAAGAGAAGAAAGACUUUACUUACCAUAAAGUGAAAUUUAAAGAUCUCCCCAACUUUGCUAUUGAUCUACAUAACCAUGGACAAAAAUACAUCAUCAUACUGGUAAUGCUCUUAUUUUCUCUGGACCCUGCCAUUAUCAUAAACCCACUCAUUAAUGAUAGCUAUGAUGCCUAUCAAAGAGGGCAUAGAAAGAAAGUCUGGGUAAAUGAAUCAGAUGGAGUAACAGAACUCAUUGGAGAGAUUUGGCCAGGUUUGACUGUGUUCCUGGAUUUCACCAAUCCAGACUGUGCUGCUUGGUGGGCUGAAGAAUGCAAGAUAUUUCAUGUUCAAAUGCAAUAUGAUGGGAUUUGUAAUAACAAGGAAGAGAUUGAUGGCUACUUUAAUUCUCUGCAGGACAAGAUGCCUGGUGGAGAAGCUGUGAGGGAAUGCCCUGAAGCAGAUGUUGGGAUUCUGGAUGGACUCAUGUAUUCAAAGACAAUUUGCAUGGAUGCAGUGCAAGCUUGGGGCAAGCACCCUGAUGUUCACAGUCUAUAUGGAUAUUCUAUGACCUUGACUACUGAAAAAGCCAUCCAAGCUGUUUUUUUUGGAAAAAGAAGCUUCAUUCUUCCUAGGUCUACUUUCGCUGGGUCAUAGAAAUUCAUAGGACAUUGUCUGGGGGAUAAUUUUGCAACUUGGGAUGACAUUAAAUGGGUGAAACCAGGCAUGCUGGAAUUUAACCUCUUUGGGAUGCCUUACGUUGGAGCAAACAUUUGUGGGUUCUUCUUUGAUACCACAGAACUUUGCAGACGGUGGAUGCAAGUUAGAGCAUUUUACCCAUUUUCUGGGAAUCUCAAUGAUGAAUAUAAUGUGCCUCAGGACCCUGCUGUAUUUGGUACAGAUUCUCUCUUGGGGAAGACAUCAAGGCACUACUUGAACAUUCGCUACACUUUGCUUCCCUACCUCUAUACCCUAUUUUACAAAGCUCAUAUACAAGGAGGCAUGGUUGUAAGGCCACUUCUUCAUGAGUUCUAUGCAGAUGAAGCAGUGUGGACUAUUGAUAGGCAGUUCAUAUUGGGCUCUGGACUACUUAUCGGUAUCACUCCUGUACUGGACCCAGGCAUAGAAAAAGUGACUGCAUAUAUUCCUGAUGCAGUGUGGUAUGAUUAUGAAACAGAUGGAAGAACAUUGUGGAGAAAACAACUGAUUGAGAUGUAUAUCCUGGCAGACAAACUAGAACUUCAUGCCUGCCAUGGCUCAGGUUCUGUGGGAAAUAAAAAUGAUAUUUUCUACCAGUUUUCUGUUUCAAAUAAUAGUUUGCAAAUAAAUAUUUUGCACAGGAAGUACACUGAUCCAAACAAUUUAAAAUUUGAGGAAAUUAAAAUCUGUGGAUUAGCUCUUGAAUUAACAGUGCUUACUGUGUCUCAAAAUGGAGUAGUGCAAAAUUCUGCUUAGACGAUCAGCUAUAAUUCUUCCAAUAAGGUUGCCCAUAUAACAGGGCUUGAGCUUGAAUUAGGAAAAUCUUAUUUACUAUCUUGGACUCAAAUGCUCAGUGACAGUGAAAGAUUUAGCUGUCAUCCUGCUGCCAAUGCAACAGCAAAAAAAUGCAGAGCUAUUGGCUGCAUCUGGAAUAAACAAAUUUCUGUACCAAAUGUUCCCUUCUGUUACUGCCUUCCCAACCUUCGCUAUUCUGUCAAUCAAAUUCAGCAUACAUCUUCAGGUUUAACAGCAAACCUCAGCACAAAUGUUAAGUAUGUUAGCUGUUCUCAGUCUCCUACUAUACCAAUUGAUAUACUUUUCUUGGAAGUGAAAUAUCAUUAUGACACUAUGCUGCAAUUUAAGAUUUAUGAUUAUAACAGUAAAAGGUAUGAGGUUCCGAUAUUGUUAAAUAUCCCUAACAGUUCUAGAAGUACAGCUGUGAGUUGAUUCUAUGAAGCAUCAGUUCGAAAUGAACCAUUUGGGAUCCAAGUUCGAUGCAAAAGCACAGGGACGGUUAUUUGGGAUACUCAGGUACCUGGUUUCAUUUCUAGUGACAUGUUCAUUCAGAUUUCUACUCACCUCCCAUCACUGUAUGUAUAUGGAUUUGGUAAAACUGAACACACUAUGUUUCAGCCUUAUAUGAAGUGGAACACCUGGAAAAUGUACACAAGACUAACUCCUGCUGGUUACAAAGUGAAUUCUUAUGGUUUCUACCCCUUCUUCAUGGCCUUGGAAAAUGAUGGAAAUGCUUAUGGAAUUCUUUUACUUAACAGUAAUACAAUGGUAAUAUACCAGCCAACUCCUGGUCUGACAUAUUGCACAAUUGGAGGAAUUGUAGACUUUUACAUGGUUUUGGGCCCCACUCCAGAGUUUACUUUUCAAGAAUACACUGCAUUGAUUGGAUGACCACUCAUGUCACCUUAUUGGGCUUUGGGAUUCCAGCUAUGCCAUUAUGCAUACAGAAAUGCCUCUGAUCUGUAUAUGGAAAUCAAAGCAGCUCAGAUUCCCUAUGAUGUACAAUACACGGAUAUUGAUUAUAUGGAAAGUCCAUUAGACUUCAUGCUUAGUCCACACUUCUCUGGAUUGCCAAAAUUUGUUGACAAAAUAAAAACAAAAGGAAUGAGAUUCAUCAUCAUUAUUAAUCCAACCAUUUCUUGCAAUGAAACCAACUAUCCAGCAUUUGCAAAAGGAUUAAAGGAUGAUGUCUUUAUCAAGUGGCCUGAUAACAGUGAUAUUGUAUGGGGAAAUGUCUGGCUAGGUUAUCCUAAUGUAACUGUUGAUGACUCAAUAACAUGGGAAAAUAAUCAAACACACGUGGAGGUAAGCUUGUAUGCCAUUGGUAUUAUGAUAAUUUUUAAUUUGCCACCAACACCAAGCAGCAAAGAUUUGGAAACACAGUCAUUUGGUCUGAGUUUCAAAACCACAUGCAUGGAAGGGCAAUAGUUCCUGCCAGAUGGAUGCCCAGUUAGACAUUAUGAUGUACAUAAUCUCUAUGGAUGGUCACAGGCUAAACCUACCUAUAAUGCUUUACAGAAGAUCACAAGUGAGCGUGGAAUUGUCAUUACCCGUUCAACAUAUUCAUCUAGUGGAAGAUGGUCUGGGCACUGGCUUGGUGAUAAUAGUUCAGCUUGGGAUCAACUUUAUAAAUCUGUUAUUGGUAUGAUGGAGUUUAGCUUUUUUGGACUAUCCUAUACUGGAACAGAUAUCUGUGGCUUCUUCAAAGCUGCAGAGUAUGAAAUGUGUGACCGCUGGAUGGAGCUGGGGGCAUUUUAUCCAUAUUCUAGAAAUCACAAUAUCAAAGGAACAAGGAGGCAAGAUCCUGUUGCCUUGGAUGACAGAUUUCAAAACAUUUCCAGGAAUAUACUCAAUAGAAGAUACACAUUGUCACCUUAUCUCUACACAUUAAUGUAUGAAGCCCAUGUCCAUGGUAUCACUGUAGUUCGUCCUGUACUCCAUGAGUUUGUGGAAGACAAAACAACAUGGAAUGUGUACAAACAAUUUUUGUGGGGACCAGCACUACUCAGCCCUAUAUUGAAUGCUACAUCAGUAUGACCUUAUAUACUCAAUGCACGCUGGUAUGAUUUUACACAGUAA